GGCCCCUGAGCUGGACGAAGACGAGGGCUUUGGCGACUGGACCCGGAAGCCAGUGCGGUGGCAGCAGCACUUGGGGGCCCCGAGGACCUCGGACAGCGGGGAGCCCCCUCAGAGUGCGAGCCCGGAGACAGAGCCCGAGCACAGGUCCUGGCAGCUCGCCCAUGGGAACCAGGAAGGCGAGGGACUGAACCAAGCCCAGGACCACCUGCAGGAGCUGUCUCUGAGCCAGGAGGGGCCGUGCCCAGAGGAGACCACCCAGGGCGAGCAGGGGGCGGCAGCAGAGGCCGACGAGGAGCACCAGGAAUGUCAACGACCCAGGACCCCCUGCCCCCCAGAGCUGGCGGAGACCGCCGACCAGAGCUCACCUCCCCUGAGCCCCACCACCAAACUCAUCGACAGGACCGAGUGCCUGAACCGCGCCAUAAAGAAAAGUAAUAGUGUGAAGAAGUCCCAGCCACCCGUGCCUGUCUCCAAGAUUGAAGAGCGGCUGGAGCAGUACACCCAGGCCAUUGAGACUGCUGGCCGAACCCCCAAGCUAACCCGCCAGGCCUCCAUAGAGCUGCCCAGCAUGGCCGUGGCCAGUACUAAGAGCCGGUGGGAAACAGGAGAGGUACAGACUCAGUCUGCCGUCAAGACCCCUUCCUGCAAGGAUAUUGUAGCUGGAGACAUGAGCAAGAAAAGCCUCUGGGAGCAGAAGGGAGGCUCCAAGACCUCAUCAACAGUUAAGAGCACCCCAUCUGGGAAGAGGUAUAAGUUUGUGGCCACUGGGCAUGGGAAAUAUGAGAAGGUGCUUGUGGAUGGGGGCCCAGCGCCCUAGGCCGCCCACCCG